AUGGAGGAAAACAAACUCUUGUGUGAUUUCGAAUACAAGUGUCCACCAGGAGGAAAAGACGCGAUCAUUCUCUACACAACAAGCCUAAGAGGGAUAAGGAAGACGUUUGAGGAUUGCAACAUGAUUCGAUUCCUACUAGAAAGCUUUCGUGUUGUCUACUAUGAACGAGAUGUAUCCAUACACAUCGAGUAUAGAGAGGAGUUGUGGAGGAUUCUUGGAGGAAGAAUUGUCCCUCCAAGAUUGUUUAUUAAAGGUAGAGACAUUGGUAGAGCUAAUGAAGUUGUUGGACUUCAUGAACAAGGGAUUUUAAAGAAACUAUUACAUGACAUUCCUUUAAUUUCUUCAAAUUUUCCAUGUAAUGGUUGUUGUGGGAUUAGAUUUGUUUUGUGUUUGAGUUGUCAUGGAUGUUGCAAGAUCAUAGAUCAAGAUCAAGGUAAAGAUACUAAUGGAUAUCGAAUUCGAUGUCCAAAAUGUAACGAAAAUGGAUUGAUCAAGUGUCCUGUUUGUAGUUAG